GGACUGACCGGAAGUGACGCUAAAGCUGACGCUGGUGUUUACAGCUGAGAGAAGUAUCUGCUGAGCACAAAUCUACACAAACGUGGAAAAGCCUUAAACCCCGCGGAACAGAGGACGUUACCCGACCCAAAAGCAGACAUGAUGUGUUGUAAAUGAGUCGGGUCCCAUGCGAGGCUCCUCGCUACUCCUCUCUGUCAGGCCAUCGUCCUGCCCCGGAGUCCUGCACCAGCAGUGGGUCCUGGUUCUGCCUGGUGCAUGUAGCCUUCUUUAGCCUCCUUCACCUUCGCCAUGUGGCUCAAGCUGCUGUUCUUGACGCUGUACUUGUUGGUCCUGUUCGUGCUGUCUCGUCUGUUCGAGGCUGUGGUGUGGUGUGAGGCUGGAGUCCUGGCCACGCAGCUGGUGGACCCGGUCACUCUGAGUUAUACCAGGCUCAGGACCAUCCUGGAGGCUCGGGGUUUGGCCUACUCCGCCCUGGCUCAGAAAGAGGAUGUCCGCGAGCUGGUGGAAAAAUCAGGGGAUUUGUCGCAGGGGGAGUUGUACUCUGCCAUAAAGAAGGAGAAGGAACAUCCUGAAGGCGACAGUGGUACCACUCACUUCAGUGGAGAGCUACACUUCUAUGAGUUAGUGGAGGACACAAAAGAUGGCAUCUGGCUGGUUCAGGUGGUUGCUCAAGGCAGAGAGGCACUGCUCAGUCAGUACAGUUGGAGGAAGAUGGUGAAGAAAGUUUCUCAGUUUGGCAUCAGAACUGGAAUAUUUAACUGCUCCAAUGAUCACAGGUCAUGUAUGAGGCGUGGCUGGCAUCACUCUACUCUCAUCAUGUCUGUCCCUCAGACAUCUGCCUCCAAAGGGAAGGUGAUGCUGAAGGAAUACCGUGGGCAGUACUCAGACACAGAACACCUCUCCCACUGGGUUACUGGGCAGGUGGCACAGCAGAUCCACACCCUGCACCGCUCUGAGCAGCUGCUGCAAGAGUGGUACUCAGACCAUACUGUCAAAAUGUUCCUGUUUGCUCACCUUCCGCAGCCGCCUGCCUUCUUCUCCUCUCUCUCAGUAAGGUUCACUGGGCGCAUAAAGUUCAUCUUUGUCAACAUUUGCCAUUGGAAGAACCAUAGCAGACUGGCUGAGAUAGGUGUGACCCGCAGUCCUGCCUACAUCCUAAAGAUGCCUGAGGGGAUAUACUGGUAUGGAAAAAGCCCUGGGGAGUUCCUCUCUGUGUCAGCUAUGGAUACGUUUCUGCGCUCAGUUCAGCCUGAAGUCAAUGACCUGUUUGUGCUCAGUUUGCUGCUCAUCAACCUGCUGGCCUGGAUGGACCUCUUCAUCACACAGGGAGCUACUGUCAAGCGCUUUGUGGUUCUAAUCCGAACACUUGGAACAUACAACUCCAUCCUUCUGGUGUCAUGGCUUCCAGUUCUGGCUCUGCUGCAGCUGCCUUACCUGGACACCUUCUAUAGCUACAGCCUGAAGCUGCUGCGCUAUGCUGACACCACACAGCUCGUCAGUUUAGUGCGAUCUGACUGGACCUUCUAUUCGUCUCACCCAGCGCUCUUCCUGUCCACGUACUUGGCCCAUGGCCUGUUAGUGGACUACUUUGAGAAGAAGCGCCGCUGCAGCAGAAGAAGCUUGGAGGACAGCAGCACAAACCUAGAGUGGUUAGCCAGUCUGUGGGACUGGUAUAGCUCCUACCUGCUCCACCCCAUCACCUCCCUGCACCAGUCUGACCAUUCGGAAUGGGAUGAGGAUACCAAUUUCUUAUUUGAACGAUUAGCUUUUCCUGAUCUUUGGCUGCGUCCACUUGUGAACCUUGAUUAUAUGAAAAUUCUGCCUGUCUGGAAGUUUAAAAGUGCUCCAAGUUCAGUGUGUGUAUAUGGUCAAAAUAGAGCUCCAGAGGAGCAGGUCUGUCUGGACAGGACCUCUGACUCUGAGUAUGAUGAUGCCCCCCAGCUCUGUGAUUGGUCUGUUUGGCCCCAUGACAUUCUCCACUGCUCAGAGUGUGUUGUAUGUUUAGAAAACUUUGUGAAUGGAGAGCUGUUAAUGGGUCUCUUUUGCGGCCACGCCUUCCACCAGAGCUGCAUUGUGGUGUGGCUGGCCGAGGGCCAGCACUGCUGCCCUGUGUGUCGCUGGCCGAGUUACAAGAAGAGACUGACAAAAUCUAACUCCACUGUCUCCUCUGAACCUGUCUGACCAGCUCAUCUGUUUAACUCUUUUCUAUAUUUUGGUAGCUCUCAUCAUAAUGCCAUCAAAUUUGACACAAAUCUUCAGUAGUUAAAAACCUUCAUCACAUGUUCACGUUUAUCUAACAAAGUUCCACUGAGAUUCAGAAUCUCUCUAGAGUCAAAAUAGACACAUAAACCUCUUGUUCAGAACAGAAUGGGUGAAAAGGGUGAGAGAAUAUUGUACAAAAUGUGAAUUCAUUUUGAAUAAAUAUUUAAUAUUAUAAAAUAACUAAAGAGAAAAAGCCAAAAUGUCUAAAGACAUAUUUGAUGCACUUUACUGAAUUGAAAAAGGUCUUGGUGAUUACUGAUUUAAUUUGUAAAGAUGAAUGUUCUUUUAAAUGUCAUUCUGUUUGAGACGUUGUGUAAGUUCAGAAGUGUUAUUACUGAUACAUUUGAGAGAAUCUUAAUUUUCCUGCUUACGUCCUUACGGCCACAGAUUCCAUAUGUGCUUUUUAAACACUGGCCAUGAUUACAUGAUUAUUCAGACUUUUGGAGUUAAGAGAAUUAAAACGUAAACAGUGAAAUCAUCACUUACAU